AUUCAUCAUCCUCCUUCUCUCAGUCCUCUCAAUCUCUCUUUCUCUCUUUCACAAAAUCAACAAAAUGAUGACGCCGGUGAAGAAACAUCUCUCCAUUAGACCGGUUGAGUUCUACGGCAACGGGCUUCCCCGACCUCGUUUCUUCGACAAUCCUCAGUUCAGCUCUUGCCGUGUUGAUCCGCCACUUUCCGUGCUAGAUCCGCUCCUCACAUGGGCGAGAGAUGCUCACUGGUCCAUGGGUGGUCUCAACUUCACUCGUCUCCGUCUCCAGGGCCGAAUCGAAGGAAACGUCAACAAACUCCGUGCCCAGCUUGAGAAAUGUAGCCCUGUGAAACUCGAGUCCGCAAGCUCCGAGAGGAAAAAGAAUAAGAAGAGAUCUGGUUCUGAGUCUCCUCCUCCGGCUCCCAUUGUUGUGAAACGAAGAAGGUACUUAGAUCUGAACGAUUCCGAUGAUGAGGGAGUCGGAUCUGAAGAUGAAGGUGUGGUUAGAAUCAGGAGAAAGCUCUCUGAUGAUUUUGACAGAGUCGCUGAAGAUAACAGUGCCCAAUUGGUUAAACCCAACAAGAAAUCGAUUAAAUCGGAAUUGGUUGAGAAGGUACUGAAGGAGAAGAAGAAAGUGAACAAGACGAGUUCAACGAGGACAUCACCAAGAUUGGCUAAGCGUAGUUCUAGUUAGUUUUCAAUUAGUCUCCUCUUAAAUCUCUAUGUAGGGUUUAGAUUUGAAGAGUAUAGCCUUCUUUGGAUUUGUUCUUAUAAAUAUGAAUUUCUCUGCUUUUCUAUGAA